CCCCUCCAGCGCCGGCAGCUGCUCCUCCUGCGCCUUUACGCACGGCUGGUCGGAGCCCGAAAGAACUCGGCGACGGCGGGCCAGCAUCGCUCCAUCCUUUGGGACCCCCGCAGUGCCCAUCUCUACAAUGUCUGAGAUGGGACUGGCCUCCCCAGAGCUGUCCAGUCUCCCGCCAUGCUGUGGGGAGACUCCCGACGCUUACUGCCAAGAUGACCGCUGGCAAAGGCUGCGCACUGCUGUCAGAAAGCUGGAAUUCUGGGAAAACUUUGAUGUCGAAUUGAUAGGCAGUGGCUUUUUUUCCAAGGUGUACAAGGUCACCCAGAGUGCUGGCGGCAAAGCAAUGGUGGUAAAGAUCUACAAAAAUGAUGUGGACCAGGAGGUGAUUGUGCGUGAGAUCAGCUUGCUGCAGAAGCUCUCCCAUCCUAACAUUGUGAGGUAUCUUGGCAUCUGUGUGAAGGAUGAUAAGUUGUACCCAAUUCUGGAGUAUGUGAAUGGAGGAGUCCUGGAAGAACUUUUGGCUUGCAAGGAUGUCUCUCUAAGCUGGAAAGAAAAGGUGGACUUGGCUUCAGAUAUCACUCGAGGGAUGGUUUACUUACACUCCAAAAACAUAUACCAUAGAGACCUCAACUCUAAGAACUGCCUCAUUCGGGUGACCCAGCGGGGGCGGGAGGCCUUGGUGGCGGAUUUUGGCCUAGCUAAAGAAGUGGUGGAGUUUUCUGCAAAGGGUCCUGAGAGGAAGCUUUCUCUUGUGGGUUCAGCUUUCUGGAUGGCCCCCGAGAUGUUGCGUGGGGAGCCUUAUGACAGAAAGGUGGACGUCUUUUCCUUUGGUAUCGUCCUGUGUGAGAUACUGGGCAGGAUUCCUGCAGAUCCAGAGGUGCUGCCUCGGACUCAGGAUUAUGGCUUAGAUGUAGCCGCCUUCCAGGAAAUGAUUAGUGGAUGCCCCAAACAAGUUUUGGAUUUGGCUGCCAGCUGUUGUAGACUGGAAGCGCUGAAGCGGCCAUCGUUCGCUGAGCUCCUGGAAGAACUAGAAGAUGCCGCAGAGAGGCUGGAAUCUGUGACAGACCAUCAGUCCCCAGGGUGAAGCUUCUUCAAGGAACUCAGACUGUAAAUUAUAUGUAAAUCUGAGAAAAAACAAGGGGGUGUGAUGAGGGGGAAUAUCCCCAGGACAAAAUAUUUAAAGGGUGCCUUGCCCUGAUGCCCUGCUCAGGCAGACCUGCAGCAGAGGAGGAAGCAUCUGCAGCCCUCCGCUGGGCCCCCCUUCCCCAUUGUGAUAUGUUUUAGAUGUCCAAAGGUCAUCCAGUCUUGGUUCCCCCACAGAUCAAGGCCAGAUUGCAACGUAUGCCACAAGAAGAGGGGAAGUGAAUCCCGAAUAACCAUUUCUUCACCCAAUGUUUAAUUAACAGUUGACAGUCCAUACCAUAGUGGGGAACAGCUGCCUUUUAGAAAUGUGUAAGUCAGUCCAUGGAAGAGGAGAGCUGUGUCAUUGGAUGAUAGCCUCUAUAUUCAGAGGAAUAUGUCUCUGAAUACCACAUGCUGAUGACAAACAGCAGGAGGGAAAUGUCAUCUUUAUACCCUGCUUAGGGGAUUCUGAGAUGCUUUCAACUGGUGACUGCAACAUUACCUAGUGGGCCAAUUUCUGUGUUUAUACCUAAGCCUUGGGACCAAAGGACUGUGCUUAACCACCCAAAUCCUACGCAAUUCCUCUUUGUUGCUGUGGCUCUUCUAUGGCUGAAUCUAAACUUUAUGAGAGAUUAGUGACCAUCACCAAAAGGAGCAGCUCUGUGUCUCUUCUUCCUCCUGUGAAUAGGAAACACGUGACAUAAUACCACCAGGCUGCAGCUUAUUCCACCUCACAGUUCCCUCUUUGGUAGGAUCAGGAAAGAUGCAUCAUAGUAAUACAAGAUGUUACCAGAGGAAAAGCAUGUUGUUUUUGUUUUUGUAGGCAGCCAUUCAUCCCUUAUGAGUGUAAUUGUUCCAUAAGCCAUCCCCAGCAUCUGAAUGGCCAUCCUUCUCUUCCUUCACUCCCUUUUCUUUGUUAAAAGAAACUGUGUAGGGCAGUAAUGCUCAUCAUAGCAGUCCUGGGCUUCGUGACACCUGCCAGUGGGUUUGCUGGCACCUAUUUACUCCUUGCAUACAACAUUACAUCCCCAGUGCAAAGAGCCCAUUCUGGUUUUCCUCCACUUCAUUAGAGCAGGAGGUGCUUCAAGAAAACCUGGGAGGCAUCGCCUUGUGACUGCAGAGAGCUCCCGUUCAGAAAUAGCAGCCUCCAUCAUAGAGUCAUGCCUAAACUGGGUGACUGACUGCAAUGCCUCAUGACAGCUCUUUCGCAGUGUUCUCUCUGCCAAUCGUAUUGUGGCGGCCCUUGUUCCCCACCUCAACAUUCCCAAAAGAUCCAGUCUCGAGAAGAUUGGGGAUCCUGACGUAGGGAAGAUCUCUCUUGUCCCCUGCUGUAGCUAUUAGUGCUAAACCCCUCCUUGCCUCCCCACACAGAUACCUCUCUACUCUAGACAGCUGCUGAAGUUCAUGUAAAUGUCAAAAUUGGUCUUGGAAGAGAAUAAGAGUUCAAGUUGCAUUUCCCUAAGAACAUCACUUUGGGCCUCAGGCAUUUCCUUUUCCAACUUAACACGCUAAAGGUUUCAAUAAAGGUGGGGGAGGGUCAAGAUUUCAGCAGGGUGUGUGUUUGUGCGACUGUGGAUUUCCAUUAUCUUUUAAGAUCUGUCUGCACAGCUGCACCCCUGCUUGCAGCGACAGCUAUGACCUGCAGUAGUUUCCACCCUUACUCCCCCAAAAGACUUUAACCUGCUCAGGUCUUCCCUUGUAUAAAUCAAUAAAUGGUUGGUUAACUUUUC